AUGAUGGACGUCAUCGAUGACGCCAUGCUUGAGGCACGUUUCCUUCAGGUGCCGACACGCCCCCGCCACCCACCAACCGUCGCCAACGUCAUCGCUCCCGUCCCCGCGCCUCCACUCAUUGCCAAACUCGCCCCCGCCCCCUCCACCACCACGAAGGGCCACACUACGCAACAGCUCGACUGGCUCGACCCCGCCAAACGGCUCCCCCUCGGUGACGCCGGCCGAUCCGCCCGCGCCUAUCUUCAAAGCAUCAACGCGUGUUUCUCAUGCUGCGUUGUCGGCCAUCACCGCCUUAUUUGCCCAACCCGCCCCCCCUCCACCCCGCCCAACGCCUCCGCGUCCGUGCCGGUCGCUAACCUCGUCUCCCUUGCCGACGACGAUGAGUCCGACCACCACGGCGUUUUCGCUGUCGACCCUGUCACAGACACUCUAGUACAGGAUGCCUCGUCUGCGCUCGCUGGGUCAGUACCUCUCAUCAUGGUCAAUUGCCGUUUCAAGGCUGACGGAGACACUGUCCCAGCACUCGUUGAUUGCGGCGCUGGCAUCAACGUCAUUGACCGGGCGUACGCAGAGCAACAGGGAUGGCAAGGACGGCCGAUUAUACCGGUGGGGACCAAAAUGGCAGACAAUCGGGCGGGUCCAGUCGUAGACCAGGAGUAUGUAGUGGAUGUAAUCAUUGGUGACACUACCUACAACGCUACCCCAUUCUACGCCAUGGCCCUUGGUCCACGAUACCGCCUUAUCCUCGGUUUACAGUUCUGUCGUCAACACCGCCUAUUUGAUGGGGCGGAGCGUUUAAAUCACCUCCUCAAUGCAGGGGGGUCAUCCUAUACAUCGCUUGUGCAACUACAACUCAACUCCAUCACACCAGUCGAAUCCCCGACCGUAAGCACUGAACGCCACUCCCACUCUGACGCCAUCCUCCGUGAAUUUGCCGACAUCCUUCCAGCCAAUAUCUCUGACGUCUCCCACUACCCGCCCAUUUGUUCGUCCACCUCCCAAGUCCGCCACCGAAUAAACAUUCUUCCUGAUGCGAUGCCUGUCGCUCGAGCUGGAUUUCGAGUACCGUUAGCGUGGCGCGACACCCUUCGACAAGAAAUCGAGAAACACUGUACCGCAGGCCGCCUCCGUCCAUCCAGUUCCCCUUGGGCCGCCCCUGCUUUCCUCAUUAAGAAAGAAAAUGGCAAAUUCCGGUUCCUCUGCGAUUUUCGCGGCCUCAAUAGUGUCACGGUUAAAGAUCGCACCCCGGUUCCCAACAUUGACGACAUUCUCCAACGCGCCGCCCGUGGCAAGGUUUUCGCCAAACUCGACCUUACCGAUGCAUUUUUUCAGACGCUCAUGCACGAGCCCGAUAUCGAGAAAACGGCAAUUAGCACUCCCUGGGGUUUAUACGAAUGGGUUGUGAUGCCGCAAGGCGCGUGCAACUGGCCGGCAACACAACAACGCCGCCUCAACGAGGCUUUACGUAACCUCAUCAGUGUUUGUUGUGAAGCUUAUGUCGAUGAUAUCAUCAUUUGGGGUGCGACCGACUCUGACUUAGCGAAAAAUAUUCGCGCGGUUCUCACGGCUUUACGUAACAGCGGGUUUGUUUGCUCGCCUAGCAAGUCGAAAUUUUUCGUCGACUCAGUCUCCUUCCUGGGCCACGUAAUCUCCCCCAAUCACAUUGGGCCAGAUCCGAAGAAAGUCGAAGCACUACGCGCAUGGCCAUCUCCUGGUUGUGUGAAAGACCUCCGAUCCUUUCUUGGCCUUCUCCAAUAUUUACGCAAAUUCAUCCCACACAUCGCCACCAAGACGUCCGUUCUCACGGCUCUUCUCCCUCCGAACAAGACAGCAGAGAAAGCGUAUGAAUCCCGUAAACGUCAACUGGCUAAGGGCCUCCCAGCUGAGCGAUUAGAAUCACUGAGUUGGGUAUGGAAGUGGACAACGUCGGCGCAAGACGCGUUUGAGGCGCUGAAGGAAAUGGUGGCACGUAUCACAGGUCUGUCCCCCCUUUCCCAUGAAGCUAUCCUCGCAGGUCAAACCAAUCUCUACCUUUUCACCGACGCAAGCAACACCGGCCUCGGCGCCUGGUUGGGCACGGGUCUAUCCCCCGACAACGCUCAACCUAUCGCCUACGAUUCCCGCUCUCUCACCGCCGCCGAACGAAAUUAUCCGGUACACGAAAAAGAGUUAUGCGCCAUCAUCCACGCCCUCAAAGAGUGGCGGCCUCUACUUCUCGGCGUCCCGGUGCACGUCAUGACGGACCAUGCGACUCUCAAGUGGUUCUUUCAACAACCAAAUCUGUCCGAACGUCAGAAGCGAUGGCUACUAGUACUCGCCGAUUACGACCUCCAGAUUUCCCAUAUUCCAGGGGCCACUAAUGUCAUCGCCGACGCUUUCUCCUGGCUCCGAAACUCCGAUGCCCACGUCAACGCCCUCACCAUGAUGGUUCUCUCACCAAACACAGCUUUCCUGGAUGCAGUGGCUGAAGGGUAUGGGCAGGACCCAGUAAUGAGCAUUUGGAGGGAAGUAGACCGCUGCCAUCCGGGUGUCCGCACAGCCGAAGUCAACGGAGCACGGGGGGUCAGGACGGUGCUGACAUACGAGGACCGGCUCUGCAUUCCCGACGUACUCACCUUGCGAGAACAGUGCCUACAGGAAUGUCACGAUGCGAUGGGCCAUUUCGGGGUGGAGAAAACACUUGAACUAUUGCGUUGUAAGUACUUCUGGGAUGGUAUGGCUAGUGACGUAAAGGACUUUGUCAGCACUUGCCCAGCCUGUCAGACAUCCAAAGCUACCACCACUAAGCCUCCCGGACUACUACACUCAUUACCAGUUCCUCCCGCCAAAUUCUCCGACAUAGGCAUAGAUUUCGUGGGGCCACUACCGCAAUCACACAGCUUCGACUAUCUCAUCGUCAUUACCGAUCGCCUCACCGGCUGGGUCGCUCUCAUACCAACAGUCAUGACGCUCACGUCCUCCGCUUUUGCUCAACUCUACUACGACCACUGGGUUUCUAAAUAUGGGGUACCACAAUCCAUCGUCUCAGACCGCGAUAAGUUAUUCACUGCUGCGUCAUGGCGUCGGUUGAAUUCACUCCUGGGCACUAAGCUAAAGAUGUCCACAGCAUACCACCCCCAGACCGAUGGUAUAUCAGAACGAUCAAACAAGACAGUCAUCCAGAUCCUGCGAACCUGGACUGACGACCAAGGCCGAAAUUGGGCAGCCAACCUACAGCGGGUCGCCUUCGCAAUGAACAACACCAUCCGACGCUCAACCCACCACACCCCCGCCGAGCUCGUUUUCGGGAAACGCCUGUCACUCACUCCGCCGCUUCUCCCCUCAACAUCAGCUACGGACCAGUCCCUCGCCCAACCUACAGCCUCCGAAUGGGAUCUCGCUGCCCAACGCAUGGCCCUCGAAGAGGGCAUCGCUCGUGACGAACUGCUUCUCGCUAAGCAUCGGCAAAGUGUUCAAGCCAACAAGCAUCGUCGGCCGGACCCGGUCUACCGCCCGGGAGACAAAGUCUACUUGAACACAGCUGAGUUCCGUCACGAAUAUAAGACAGCCACUAACCGUUCUGCGAAGUUCAUGCCCCGUUGGGAAGGCCCCUUCACCAUCCUCAAGGCCUUUCCCGAGCAAUCACUCUAUGAAUUGGAUGUUCCCGUCACCUCAACACAGUCGACGCCUCGCCGCCAUGUUUCGCGCCUCAAGCCAUACCGGGAGUCCGAACAGUAUCACCAGCACGCGGUUCCUCGCCUACUUGACCACCCGGCUGUUUCCUCGCCACGCAUCCUCCAAAUCCUUGAAGACCGCACCCUCACCCCCAAGGGAAAUCAUCCAAAGGUCUAUUGUAAGAGGCUAGCCUCCGACCCAGUGACCCACGGUCACCACUUUCCCCAGCUUCUAAUUUCGAGCCACGUUUCAAUUUGCUUCCGCUUCUUCCUCCAAGUUGCGCGCGUCAAAUUGCAUCCGCGCUCCCUUUCCCAGGUCACGUGCUUUAUUUUUCCCCUGUUUCUCCGAGCCGCGUCUCAAUUUACUCCCGCUCCUUUCCUCCAAGUCGCGCGCGUCAAAUUGCAUCCGCACUCUCCCUCCCAGGUCACGUGCAUCAUUUUACUUCCGCUUUUUCUCUUCUUGCUUUCUCUUCCAUUUCUCGUCCUAAGUCCGAGUUUCUUGUCCGAUUUUUCAUGCCACAAGCCCCGGUGUUUACCGGGCUUUGGUCGUGACUGGUUUCGAGAGCGAAGGCAAAGUGCAUGGAAAGGUUGA